AUAAAUAAAUAAAUAAAUAAAAAAGAUUUUAUUCUUGAGUCCCUAAGCCAGAUUGAAGAGAUUCUGAGGCCAUGGCUGAGGGGGGCUUGUUCUCGACUUAUUCAUUCUUCAGCGACGCUGCUGGUGUUGCAGGAAAUCUCCUUGCUUUCGUGUUAUUUGUAUCACCCAUACCGACUUUUAGGAGAAUUAUAAGAAGCCGAUCAACAGAAGAGUUUUCUGGGCUGCCUUAUAUUUAUGCUCUCUUGAACUGUUUGAUAUGCCUUUGGUACGGUAUGCCAAUUGUCUCGUCUGGCAUAAUCCUAAUAGCCACUGUCAACUCAGUUGGAGCCAUUUUCCAGUUGAUUUACAUCAUCAUAUUCAUUAUAUAUGCUAAUCGAAAAAGAAAGCCUCCUAAUCGGCAACUUUUUGUUGGAUACCUAUCUGUGUUCUCUCUCAUAUCCAUGUUUGCUUCACCAUUGUUCAUUAUCAAUUUGGUGAUCAGAACAAAAAGCGUCGAAUACAUGCCGUUUUACCUUUCGUUAGCCACAUUCUUGAUGAGCGUUUCAUUCUUUGUGUAUGGUCUUUUCAAGCAAGACCCAUUUAUCUCCGUUCCUAACGGGAUAGGAGCAAUACUCGGGAUUAUUCAGUUGGUAUUGUACUUAUGUUACAGCGGAGGUUCGAUUGAAGUGUCGAGAAGGCCUUUGCUUGGGUCGCAUGGCUAA